CAAAGGCAGGAAGCACGUGACGCUCCUGGGGGGCGGGGCCUCCAGCCGCGCGUCCCAGCCAGCCGAGCGCUGACGUCCUCUUCCGUUCUGCUGGCAGCUCGCAGGAGGCAAAGAUGAAGCUGCUGCUGCUUGCUUUCCUGGGGGUCUUUUCUUGCGUCCACGGUGAGGAAGGGGCUAGGCUUCUGGCCUCCAAGGCCCUCCUGAACAGAUACGCCGUCGAGGGCCGAGAUCUCACUUUGCAGUACAACAUCUACAAUGUUGGCUCCAGCGCUGCCUUAGAUGUUGAAUUGUCAGACGACUCCUUCCCUCCGGAAGAUUUCGGCAUCGUUUCCGGGAUGCUCAAUGUGAAGUGGGACAGGAUUGCACCGGCCAGCAACGUGUCCCACACUGUGGUCCUCAGGCCGCUGAAAGCUGGUUAUUUCAACUUCACAUCAGCCACAAUCACCUACCUAGUGCAGGAGGGGGGACAGGUGGUGGUCGGCUUCACCAGCGCCCCAGGGCAAGGAGGGAUCCUGGCUCAGCGAGAAUUCGACCGGAGGUUUUCACCACAUUUUCUGGACUGGGCAGCCUUUGGCGUCAUGACGCUGCCCUCCAUCGGCAUCCCGCUGCUGCUGUGGUACUCCAGCAAGAGGAAGUACGACACCCCCAAAAACAAGAAGAACUAACCCGCCCCUUCGGACUGGGACGCUUCCCUCAUCCAGGGCGGUUUGCGAGACGCCGGAGAACCGAGGAGGAGCUCAGCUCAUGGUUGGCACCUUCUUUGCCGAUGGGAGAAUUUUUUUCUCCAGUUUGAAACUGGGGGGGUUGGGGGUGAGAAAGGAUGUUCUUCUUCUGGGCCAGCCAGCCCCCCCCCUCCAUUUCUUCCCCUUUCCUCGAUCAAAAUAGGAUUAUGCAAAGA